GUGUACUUUCGUUUCUAGCAUAGACACGUCUUCUCAGACACUAUCCAGCAUGUCGCGUCAGAUUCAGUUUAUCAUGGCAUCGUCAAGACAGUCUGAAAUCUAAUACCCUUGAGUUUUGACGCAUGGGUGGAAAAAAGAAGAAUCGCGAGUUGCCAACUUCACGUCAUCUACUGCCUUAUCUUUGAUGCUGGGCAAGAUGAGCGAGGCUGGUGGUCAACAAGGCUCCCGCCAGUCGCUGCACGACGAAGAGAAAUAUCCAGGUCCUGAGCCUAUUGGAAGUGAGGUGACUGACGAUACGAGAGACACUGGCGUCCAGGUUCCCGUUGAGACUGGUGAUACUGGUCAGGAUCAAAGCAGUGAUCUUGUCGAGUUCGAUGGCCCAGACGACCCAGAGAAUCCUCUGAACUGGCCAAAACGGAGGAAAUGGGCAAUCACUAUGGCCAUGGGAACCAUGACCUUUGUUGUCACAAUCUCAAGCUCCAUCUACGCCUCUGCCAUCGGACCUGUGGCCCAAGAGUAUGGUAUUUCAAAUGUUGUCUCCAUUUUGGGCGUUUCUCUUUUCCUCAUCGGUUUCGUCUUCGGCCCAAUUCUGUUUGGUCCAGCCUCAGAGGUCUGGGGUAGGAGAAUCCCACUUCUAGCCGGCUACUAUCUCUUUGGCAUCUUUCAGAUCCCAGUGGCAGUAGCUCAGAAUGUCGAGACAAUUAUGCUUGGUCGCUUCUUGGCUGGCUUUACAGCUUCUUCGCCCCUGGCUGUGGUUGGCGGAGCGCUGGCGGAUAUCUGGAGUCCACUCGACAGAGCAUAUGCAAUCUGCGUGUUUGCGUCUGCUGCAUUUUCUGGACCCGUGGUAGGUCCUAUCAUUGGCGGGUUUAUUACACAGUCCUACCUAGGUUGGCGCUGGACUGCUUGGAUCACUCUUAUCAUGACCGGUCUCUUUGGGGCCAUUGGAUUCUUUCUCAUCCCAGAAACAUCGGCUGCAAGAAUUCUGCAGAUCAAGGCAAAGCGACUCAGAUACCAGACAAAGAACUGGGCACUUCAUGCCAAAGCAGAUGAGAAUCGCAUUACCGCGAAGACUUUGGUCACCGUUUAUCUUGUCCGCCCAUUUGUCAUGAUCAGCAAAGAACCCAUUCUAGCUCUUAUGACCACAUAUAUGAGCGUCCUAUAUGGGAUUAUCUACCUUCUAUUCGUUGCCUAUCCUAUCUCAUUCCAAGAAGAACGUGGCUGGAAUGCUGGGGUUGGGUCCUUACCAUUCACAGCCUUCAUCGUCGGUAUCGGCAUGGGCACAGGCAUGAUCGCCUAUUCAACGAGAACGAAUGUCACCAAAUCCUUCAUCAAGCAUGGCAAGGUGAUCCCCGAGGAGCGACUCCCGCCCAUGAUCGUUGGAGCCAUAGCCCUGCCUAUGGGACUGUUUAUAUUUGGAUGGACAUCAAAUCCAAACAUAACUUGGGUCCCGCAAGUCAUUGCCACAGCAUUCAUUGGCAUGGGCUCCCUCGUCACAUUUUGGCAAGGUGUGAGCUACAUCAUCGAUUGCUACGGCUUCUACUCAAACAGUGCAAUCGCGAUCAACACCUUCAUCCGAUCCAUCGCCGCAGCUGGGUUUCCAUUGUUUGCGCCAGCCUUGUACCACAAUCUUGGAGUUCCGUGGGCAUCCUCUCUUCUUGCUUUUCUAUGCAUUGCCUUUCUACCAGUACCUAUAUUAUUCUACAUGUACGGUGCAAGAAUCAGGGCGAAGUCACGGUUCAACCCUACGCCACUCUUCUAGGACUGGCCAUACUGGACUUUACAUGAUGAAUAUCGAGCUUCUAGACUUACCACGCACGAAAGUCUACAAGGUCUACAGCACAUGGUGAAGAUUGGCUUGUAUUGGCUGUUUAGCUCAUUCUCAAGAAGAGAAGAUAGGCAGCAGGCUUCCUCACCACGUGAGAGAAUGAAUGGCAUGUGUUCUGUUGGAGACAGUGAAAGCAAAUCCCUCGGUCUUUGCGCGUGACAUCCAAGAUCUGAACCAACCGAUCUUAACUGAACCUGCUUAAAAAUAUAUCUAGCUAUAAAACUUUC